UUUUGGAGCAGACACUGAAAGCCUCCUCCUCUGCACUGGACCCGUCGAGUGUGAGCCAGAAGCUUCUCGCGCGAGCGGCUCGUAUUCGCGACGAUCAAGGAAAAUUUCUGGAGCUUCGACUCGCCGAGGAGAAUCAAGCGGAGCUAGAUGAAUUUCGGAAGAUACGGCACUCCCGACUGAAUCCUGCCUUCGAUGCACUGAGGGAAUUGUCGUUCGUAGGCAGGACCAGCCGUAGGGAGUACUUGCUUGAGAAGAUCGGCGAGAUUAGAAGGCAAGCUGUGGAAGCGACGAGGGAUGUGCAGACGAUCUGUCGGACCUUCGAUUCAGGGGCUAAUGUCUCGACGGUCUUCGGCCAGCGCUUGAGGAUGAAAAGUAUAUCAAAGCCUGACAAGACAAAGGAUGAAGUAUCUAUGGUUUCCCCUUCGACGUCUCCAUUAUCACCUGGCGUUUCAUUGUGCUCUCUGGUAACGGCUGUAUCCGAUUCGUCCUUUUUACUCCGGACUUACGAGUUCGACGAAAAUGGAAACGUUCGGAUGAAAGCGUAAUUUGUUCGUUAUUAUAUAUAAUUGUCUGCGACAGGCGCGUUUAAACGAUAACAACGUUGUAACGUCAAUUUAGCUUCGUCUCUUUCACGGCUGAUUAUAAAUUUAAUUAAAGUUUCGUGAUAAAAAUGCGGGUUGCUACGGUUUCCUUUGCAGCAAUUAAAAUGUAUACAUCCGCAGCUCUCGAUCAUUGAAUAUAUGCCGUAUUUUUAAGUUACGGAAACGCCGCUGAUUGCCCGGCUAUUUUAGAAUCAAAACUACUCCGCAUCUCGCAAUCUCACGGAAUAUAAAACGAGCAUCGCAAAAUAUAAAAUGCUCGUCAAUAAUCACCACCGCGUUGAAAAAAAAAAUUCACCAUCCGCGUCAAAUUAAUGAAAAGCCACUCGACAUAGAGAAGAGACCGUCCAUAUACCUCCAACAAAGAAGAAACCAUCGUCUCGCGUAUAAAGAGAGAAAGAGAGAGAGAGAGAGAGAGAGAGAGAGAGAGAGAGAGAGAGAGAACACGUUAUAUAGCAAACGAAGCCCAUCGAAGUGAACGGCAAGCCAGUGUAUAGAGUAUAGGCGCUCUCUCACUCCCCCACACGCACACGAGCCAACGCCGCCAGUUCUCCGCGCACACGAAUAUACUUGUAUAUACGCGAGAGACCAAGAGAGCGAGAGAGAGAGAGAGAGAGAGAGAGAGAGAGAGAGAGAGUGAGAGAUAACUCAAGGGGGGGGGGCAGAGCAGCGCCAACUGGCACUUGGCUCACACGAACACGCUCCGUUCACCAACACACUGAUGAAAGAGCGGAGCGAGCGAGCGGUUCGGAGCAGCGAGCGCCGGCAGUUCACGUUCGGUUGCCUCUGCGCGUCGUCGUCGUCGUAGUCGUCGCGCCGCGGAGUCCCCCCUUCACUCGUUUUUAUUGUACGUGCAUACACCUAUAUACGUACGUAAACGUACAGCUGCCUUGUUUUCUCAAGCUAUGUAUAACAGCAGCAGCGCGUCGUAGUUGCAUUAUUCGCAGUACAUACUAUAGUCGGCGGUGUGCGCGAGUUGUAGUAUUUGAAAAAUCGAAGAGGGCAAGUGUGCGAAAAAUUCUUCGCUAUACCAAGAAGAAGAAGAAGAAGCUAUAAUCUUGUGUAGAAGAAGUCGUAGGCAUACACACUCACUCACACACACGUAUACGCAUAGAGAAGCUGCGCAAGUACCAGUGUGUGUCCGUACGUGUGCUUCGAUAGAAGAGAGAAGAAAGGAGAGUAUACAUAUACAGUGAAAGAGAGAGAGAGAGAGAGAGAGAGAGAGAGAGAGAGAGAGAGAGACAGAGAGAGCAUAAUGGGAAACAUGGCGUGUGACCAGUGGUGCACUCGCCGAUCGCUGAUCAUCUUCGCGAUCCUCGCCUUUGACCUCGUCGCGACCGGAUAUGCCGAUGCUGCGAGAAACGAUCUCUCUCAUUUCCACUACACGAGCCUCUCCAGCGAGCUUUCCGGGCUAGAUCACGAGCUGGAAUUCGAGCUCAGCUCGAACCGAGAUAACUUACUCGCGCUGGACAGGCGACGUCGCAACGUUCCAUCUCAGCCUUCGACUGUACCUCCGGCGAUCCAGGAACAGCCUCCGAAAUCGAACACCGAAGCCGGUUCCGUUCAGCCAUCGCCUCAGAACCAGCAGCCGGUUAUGACCAAGUUCAACACCAGCGUGAACGUCAGCUACUCGACGCAGGAGCAGAACGUGACGUCGACUCUCGCUAGCGUCGUCGCAACGGAAAAUGCGAGCAGCGUUACUUCAACGACUCCUCAACCGGUCAUACUCGGCACUGCUGGUAAAGGUGUCAUUGUGUCGACGCCGAUCGUACCAUCCACCGAAAAGAACGUCACUGGAAAGGUCAGCAACGCUACCGCUACGACGAGCGUCACGCCCAGCAUUGCUGAUAAAUCGAAAAUACACGUUUGGGCCAACCGGACGAUGUGGUCAAACGUCACCGGUGCAAAUCAUCCAGAGGGCGAGAGUGACGACGCUCUCGACGAGUUCAACAUCGACAAAUACCCAGCUGAGGUGACUAACAAGACUCUGCAGGAGAACAACAUCACCAAGUCGCAAAACGACACACAUCAGUACUACAACAGCACCUUCACCGUCGACGAGACCAUUGGCAAGAGGUACUGGAUCGACCUCGACAAUCACCCGAAUCGCACCGUCAACACGCUGCUUAGCAAGAGCCACCGUAGAGCAGCUACCAUAAAGCUGCAGUUCGACUUUCCGUUCUAUGGCCACAAAGUCCGCAACAUCACGAUCGCCACGGGCGGUUUCCUCUACACCGGCGAGUACGUGCACAGCUGGUUAGCCGCUACCCAAUACAUCGCACCGCUCAUGGCCAAUUUCGACACGACCCUGUCAUCCCAGAGCUUCGUCAAGUACGCCGACAACGGAACUGCCUUCACCGUCGAAUGGGAAAACGUGCAGCUGCAAGAUAAGCCCGACGCCGGCGCGUUCACGUUCCAAGUAACGCUGCUGCAAAACGGCGAUAUAAUUUUUGUCUACUCGAAAAUCCCUGUACUGGUCGAGAGCAUCGAGGACAAGGAGCAUCCCGUGAAAAUUGGACUGAGCGAUGCCUACAUGAUGGAUAGGACCGUUUUCUUAGCGCGACGAAAAACGAUCUACGAGUACCACCGCGUCAACUUCCAGCGUCAGGACAUCAAAAACUGGACGGUCAUCUACCUGAAAGCCCUGCCAACCUGUCUGCAAAUGGACAACUGCAACGACUGCCUGACCAAGAUCAAAGACUUCGACUGCAGGUGGUGCCAGGAGCUUCAGAAAUGCAGCACCGGUACCUUCCGUUUCCGUCAGGACUGGCUGCAAAAAGGCUGCGACAUUCGAAACAUCCGCGACGAGAAGAAGUGUCCAGCUAAAUCCACCUCUUAUCACGAACACGUCGAGGCCAGGGCCGAGGAUCAUCAUGCCGAUGACAUGCCUGUCAUGACCAAGUACAGUCCUAGUCAACAGGCUGUCGGACCGGCUAGCAGUUCCUUGGAGCACUCUCAAGACAACAUGAACAUGGGAGUAUCCGGGAUCAUCGGUAUCCUAUUCGUAGUAUCCCUGAUCGCCGGCUUAGCAGCCUGGGCUGCAUACGCCUACCGCAACCCCCACAGUGCAUCAGGCCAGAUGCUCAUCCGGUAUCGACCAAGUCAGUGGAGCUGGCGACGAGGCGAGGCGCGCUACACGGCCGCGACGAUCCACAUGUGAUGCGCCGCUAAUCCAAACGAGAGCAGCACCUCAGCAACAGCAGCAACAGAAGCAGCGACGGAAUAGCAGCCAAAAGCAGCAGUUAACUGUGUGUUUUGUUGAACUGUUGGACCAAAUUCUUUUCCUACUAUGUAUGCUCCCCUUCCGUGCGCGACGGCUCGUCUCGGAAUUAUUAUACAUGUGCGCGUUUGUGUAACGAGACGCAGUCAAAAAGUUCACCGCAACGACGAAGAAAACAGAAGGCUGGUCUGGUGAAGGUGAUGAUGCGCGCGAAUUAUGGGAUAUGUGCAUAACGAUAUAGCGUCUUUUUCGUACUGCGAGAUGGAAUGUGCGAUGACUCGUCGAUGGACUGGACUGUACUCUCUUACCUGUUGUUUGUAAUAAUUUUCUGCACUGGUUCGGAAUUUAAAAUUAAUGGUAAAUGCAUGUUUACAUUUGUAUGUAUUUCACUAUCUGAUGUAUUCUACACAGACCUUACUUUUUGGAGAUUGUAAAAUUUUUAAAUUUACAUACAAUCCGGUUCGUCGACGAGACUCGCAGUGCCUUGUUCAACUUAGUCGAAUGUUGCCUUAUAAGUCGAGACGCAAUCGAUUAAGUUCAUUUUAAUAUCUUGGAUAUUCACAAUGUGAUGUUAGCAGCACGUCGUAUAUUUUGUUAUUGUUUAAGAAUUCGUUUCUUUUUUAUAUCGUUAGAGAAAUUAAUGUAAUUAAAUCUUCGGAAUGGAUAACGCGGAAUCAACAUUUUGCUCAGCGGUCAGCAAUUAUACAAUUAGAUGGUACAUUACGUACAAGUAUCCGCCGAAACUACGGCUCGAGUGUAAAAGCGUCUCUUUGAAAUUGAGAUGUAAACUUAUGACAAAAAGAAGCCUUUUCCCAAACAAUUUUCAUUUUAUGCAUGUACAAGAAUAGACACGCGUAAUCUGGCGAAAACGAGCGUCUCGUUCAACGACACGCCGAAUUGCGAAUGUUUAUAUAGCAUCAAAUAUAGAGUAUUUUAUGAUUAAACGUCGAGCCCUGGUUUUUGAUCUAUCUUCAUCUUCCGCUCGGGAGGAGAAAAAAGAUUCGCGAUACGUUAAAUACACAAAUAUAUUUUAUAAAGAAAUUUUUCAAUUAUCUUAUGGAGCUUUGGUGUAACGAGUAUAAAAGAAAAUUAAUAAUAUUUAGUAUAAUAUUUGUCAAACAUUUAUUGUGUCUUAAUUGUAAAUAGUAGCAUUUUAUAAACGAUUAUUAAUUUUUAUCUAAUUUUUAAGUCAAUAUACAGUGAGAGGUGCCUAUUAUCAAUUUUUAACUAUGUACACAAUCCAAAUAUAUUUGAUAUAUCGAUCAUAUACAAUAUUAUAAUCUACUUCUCGUAAGAACACACAAAUCUACACCGAGCAUCAGUCAGAAGCACUAAUGAAUGUAAGGCAAUCAAUGAAAAUCGUACAGAAAGUUUAUACUUGAUAUAAUACAUGUUACGUGUGCAGCUUCACGGUACAAAUAUUCGAUUUGUCAAUUUUUGUAUAAUUUAUACAAUAAUGCAUAUUCAUUUAUGAGCUCUGUACAAUCUCAGUUAAAAUGGCACUGCUCUGUAAGUCUCUAUUAUAUGUAUUGAAUAUAAAAUAAAAUAGAUUCCUAAUUUUAUAAUUGCCAAGGCACGUGGAAAACGGAGAAAAUCUUACGUAAGUGAAUAUAAGCUUUUAAAAAUAUUUAUGUGUACGAUUUAGUUUAUAGUUUGUGAUAAUAAAUAUUUUAAUUAAUAUCGAAAAAAAACUUUUUUUUUACUAUAUUCCUUGUACGUAAUAAUACUUUCCACGGUAAUCACGAUAUUAUGAAAAUGUUCAAUUUUUCAAUCAAUUUUGCCAUACAAAUAUUUAAGCUCCAAUAGCUGUAAAGUUUUAGAAUGGGCCUGACGUUCUACUAGAAGUUAUGUACAAAACAAACAUGAUAUAAUGGUUAAUAAGUGGUUUUACAUUCAAUGUACAUUUCAUGUCUACCGAUAUAAACACAUGUUGGUAUCGGUAGUCAUGAAAUGUAGUAGGUUAUAAGUGUCAAAUUUGAAUGGUAAUAAGCUCUGUGAAUGUUCCUACCGUGAAAGCGUUACUUUCCGGAAUUCCCACUUGCUUUUUAGUCAAGAGGUGAGUGAUCUCAACGAACUCGAGUAUAAACAUUCAUUUUAAAAUUGUAGAGAUGUUCGUUUUUUAAUUAAAUGACUUUCAAUAUUUUA